AUGACUUCCAACAACCACAGAAACUAUAACAAUAGCAGCAGCAGCAGCAGCAAUGGUAUUAGGGACACCAACAGCCUUAGUAAAAAACUCGUUGAGACUGAAUUAGACAUGAAUCAGGUCGAUACGAACCAAGAAGCCGCACCUCCCGCACAGUCCCCAAGACUCGCUAUGCCUCAGGGACACACCAAGCCGGAAACAAGAACCAGCGGCGCAAGCAUCAGCGGCGUAAGCACAAGUUCCAGACAGGAUCGGGGAGUUACUGCCAAUCCUGCUGUCAUGAACCUAUGCUUGUUCAGAGUCAAGAUGACCUUCUUAAGCGUGGCAGGACAGAACAAGGGGGAGGAGAUGCAGUUUGGGAAACAGGGUCAAGAAAGCGUAGAUAUAUUGAAGUUGCUAGAUAAGGAAUAA